GUUUGUAUUUCGCUUAGUCAUCACUUCCUCCUCACAAUACAUCGUGGCAGCUGGUGGCCCAUGUUUCAGACUUGUUGUAUUUAUUCCCUGACUUCUUGUCGACUACACCCGAGUCUACAAUGUCGAAAACUGCACAGCGAACAGUCCUCAUCACAGGCUGUUCUCAAAGCGGCCUUGGCCAUGCUCUCGCGGUAGCAUUUCGAAGUGCUAGGUUCCGAGUCUUCGCCACCGCUCGAAAUCCAAACCGUAUGUCAGGACUGGAGGAGCUUGGGAUUGAAUGUUUGAAGCUCGACGUCUGUGAUGAGACUUCCAUUCAGGAUUGUGUAGCUCGAGUCCGUGAGUUGACGACAAAACCUGGAGAAGUGGAAGGGAGGUUGGACUGUUUGGUCAACAACGCUGGCGGAGGCCACGCAUAGCUAAAUGGUCGUGUAUCUACAAGGCUACAACAUGCCAAUAUCCGACAUUUCGAUUCCCGAAGCCAAGGAACUUUUCGAGGUGAAUGUCUGGUCGUACAUCAGCGUCACACAGGCCUUUCUACCCUUGCUCAUACAUGCGGCCAAAUCCUCGCCGACGGCCAGUCCGAGUCUGAUAGUCAACAACACGUCGGUCUCGAGCGUGGAACCGACACCUCACAAUUCCGUGUAUCACGCCUCCAAGGCCGCCGCGGCCAUGUUCAGCACGCACAUGCGGAUCGAGCUCGAGCCCUUCAACAUCAAGGUCGUCGAUUUAAAGACGGGCUGUGUCCACUCCAAAUUUCACGCGAACCAUCAGGGAGGUAACGCCAGUCUACCGUCGACGUCGAUAUACUUGCCCCUCAAGGAUCAGACGGAAAGUGCCAUGCGCAACGCAUUUCCUCACCGUGAAGAUCCUGAAAAGUGGGCCAAAGAUGUUGUCGGAGACAUUGUGGGCAAUUGGGACCGUCCACCAAAGGAAGUCUGGAGAGGAACGGGGGCAUGGAGGACGUGGUUCGCAAACAAUUUCUUCCCGGUGGGCUGGUGGGACCAAAGCUGGAGGAAAGCGGUAGGCUUGGAUCUUUUAAAGGGAAAGAUAUAGUCUCAGCUUCUUUUACCUAGAUUUACUGACCAAAAAUUCAUCAUGGGCCGUUUGGAUCGCUC